AUGGGUAAAAAAUCCGCCACCAAAGUUGAAUCAGCACCUGUUGCUGUUAAGGCCACCAAACCCUUGAAGAAAGGUAAGAGAGAGGCUGAGGAUGACGUGGAUACCAAAGUGAACCUAAAGAAGCAGAAGAAGGAUGUGAUUGCUGCCGUCAAGAAGGAGAAAGCAGUGAAGAAGGUACCUAAGAAGGUUGAGAGCUCCUCAGACUCAUCAGAUUCUUCUGACUCCGAGGAAGAGGUUAAGGCUAAGAAAGUUCCUGCUAAGAAGGUUGAGAGCUCCUCAGACUCAUCAGAUUCUUCUGACUCCGAGGAAGAGGUGAAGGCUAAGAAGGUACCUGCUAAGAAGCCUGCAGCUAAGGCUGAUUCAAGCAGUGAAGACUCAUCUGACGAGUCUUCAGAUGAUGAACCUGCAACCAAGAAGGCUGUUGCAACUAACGGAAAAGCUGCGAAGAAAACCAAAGAUGACUCAUCUUCUGAGGAGGAAUCUUCCGAUGAGGAAGAAGUUGUUCCUGCCAAGAAACCUGCUGCAGCUGCUAAAAAUGGCUCUGUGAAGGCCAAGGCAGAGAGCUCCUCUGAAGAGGAAGACUCUUCCGAUGAGGAGUCUUCAGAUGAAGAACCUGCAAAGAAACCUGCUGCAGCUAAGCCAGCUGCUAAAGAUUCUUCAUCUUCUGACGAUGAUGAUGAUUCGGAAGAUGAAUCUGAGGAUGAGAAGAAACCUGCUGCCAAAAAGGCAGCUCCUGCUACCAAAGCUGCAAGCAGUUCAGAUGAAUCUGAUGAAGAUUCUGAUGAGGAAAGUGAAGAUAAAAAGCCUGCACCAAAAAAGGCUACCAAGGCAGCUAAAAAGGAUAGCAGUAGUGAGGAAUCUGACUCUGAUGAAUCAGAAAGUGAAGAUGAGAAAGAAACCCCGAAGAAAAAGAACACCGAUGUAGAAAUGGUGGAUGCUGAGCAGAAACAGCCUAAAACACCAGCAACUCCUGCUACAGGAGGACCCAAGACGCUCUUUGUUGGUAAUCUCUCAUUCCAAGUUGAACAAUCAGACGUUGAGAAUUUCUUUAAAGAAGCUGGAGAGGUUGUUGAUGUAAGAUUUGCUUCGAGUAAGGAUGAUGGCAGUUUCAGAGGCUUUGGCCAUGUUGAGUUUGCUACUUCUGAAGAAGCACAGAAGGCAUUGGCUCUCAACGGGAGAGCCUUACUUGGUCGUGAUGUUCGUCUUGAUUUGGCUGCUGAGAGGGGAGAAAGACCUGCUUACACUCCACAAAGCGGUGGUGGUAACUUCAGAAGCGGUGGUGGUGGAGGCCAGUCAAUUUUCGUAAAGAACUUCGACUCUUCUCUUCCUGAGGACGAGAUCAAGCAGGCAUUGACUCAGCACUUUGCUUCUUGUGGAGAGAUUACAAGGCUCUCUGUUCCCAUUGACCGUGAAACUGGUGCUUCCAGAGGAAUUGCUUACAUUGACUUCAAAGAAGGCGCAGAGAAGGCAUAUGACCUUAAUGGUUCUGAAUUGGGAGGAUGGAAUAUUGUUGUUGAUGAGGCUAAACCGAGGGACAACAGUGGUGGAGGAUUCAGUGGUGGUGGUGGUCGUUUUGGUAGUGGUGGUGGUGGUCGUUUUGGUAGUGGUGGUGGUGGUCGUUUUGGUGGUGGUGGUGGUGGUCGUUUUGGUGGUGAUGGUGGUGGAAGGAGCGGCCGUUUUGGUGGUGGUAGAAGGGGCGGCAGAGGAAGAGACAGUGGUGGCCGUGGAUCCAACAGACCUAGUUUAACUGCUGCCGCAUCAGGCACGAAGACCACCUUUGACGAUUAGUUAUGAAGAAGAGGAUGUUCUUCUUGUGUUCUGUUGUCAUUUUAGUCUUGUGAUACUACUACUACUCAUCUUCUUAUUAUCUCAGUUUUUUUCUUUAAUUAUGUUGUGUCUGGAUCCUUAUAUUUUUGUCUGAAUUUAAAUUAAAGCUCAGUUUUGAGUGCUUUUUUGUGUUGAAUCAUUUGUC